UUAAAUGAACAACGACUUAUUUAUGAAUUAUGCCCAAAGUAUGCAAGAUGAGACUCAAAGUCUCUGAAAAGCAAGGAUGUAUGAAUCUGAUGCUCAUUUAUUUGAGCAUUGUGAAUAUAAAGACUCACUUGGAAGCACUCUUACAAGAGAGGAAUAUGACACAAUUAUCCAAGAUUGGACUGCUUUUGGAAUUAUAAAGCCUGAAUAUCUGAAGAGUGUUAUGGAGCAGAGAGUAAAGCAAAUGAUUAAUGACCAAGAAAAUCCAAGACAUGCUAAAAAAUUGCAAUUAAUACCUAUAAGUAAACCUAUUUUUGCAAGUAAACCGACAAUUGAGAAAAGAGUACGAACUGAUUCAAGAGAGCCCUUUUUGGGUGAUUUAUCUCAUGACACAACAGAGAGUGGCCAGCAAGAAGAUUCUGAAGCCGACAGUUUUGCUUCAGUAGUCAAGAAAUCUACAUCUCGUAAGAGAGUUAGAGCAGAUGCUGAAAUUAAAAGAGCUCUUCGAUUGGUCAAGAAGCAUUUGAAGAAACUCUUCAAAUCUAAAAACUCGAAAAUUAUCCAAAAGAGAUAUGUUAAUUGAACUCCAUACCAGAUAUACGAAAGAAUGAGGCUAACCUUACAAAGUAUCAUCUCUGAGGAACUUCUUGCUGACGAUUUGGUCUAUUAUGCAAUUGGCAUCCUCAGCCUCAAAAAACCAUCAGAACUGGACUGUAAGCAAAAGGUGAAAAAGGAGAUUUCAGACUUCGAUGAAACAAUCACAAAGUUUACUUACAAGAAGCUUGAGAACACUAUGCAGUCAAACAGUUUGAGAGUCUUACUCAGAUAUAUGACCUCUCAGACUGAUGAGGCUACUGUGGAGACACUUGAGCAUAUGUUAGAUUCAAAGUAAAUGCUCAGCACUGUAAACCUUGAUUUUGGACCUUCAGAGUUCAUAUGU